AUGAGUCACACCGGAAGCUCAUCUCCUAAUUCGCUCUUCUCAGAAUAUGAAGUAAAAACAGCCAAAAGGCUCCCGCCUGACAUACCGGGAUUAUGGGUAUUUCCAUCAUAUUUGCCUGACGAUAUCGCUCGAAAUGCGUUGACGCGUAUAGCUUCUGCCGACCUGUUCUCGGGCGGUGAAAGAGAUCAAGUGAUGUUAUUCGAAGCGCCGAAAUCACUCUCCGCCAAAUCAUCUCUCCUGACUUACAUACAUGAUUUACUUCGCUCUGUCAACACUUUACUCGAAACUCGUCUACCUGCGAACACGACAAGAUUACUCUUCGACCAACCAUUAGCAAGACAGGUGAUUCUCAAUCUAUAUCCACCAGGACAAGGUAUAUCACCGCACAUCGACCUGCCCAACCGCUAUGCAGAUGGUAUACUAGGAUGUUCCCUUACUGGAGGAUGCGUCAUGACGCUUAGUAAAGAUGGGGAAGAACACAGGAUAUACAUGCCACCUAGGACUGUAUACGUCUUAUCUGGGGAGGCGAGAUGGGAAUGGUAUCACGGGAUCGACGGAUGUUUUGAGGAUAUCGUAGAAGUAGAAGAUGAAGUUGGACAAGUAACAGAAACGAUAUUGAGAGAUUUGAGGGUCAGUGUUACUUUCAGGUGGAUGAAGGAAGGUGCAGAUAUAUUAUCAUGA